AGUGUGUUAUUUUGUGUUCCUACUCGGGCAAGCCUCCAUUUUAAGUGAAGCAGUAACUGGUUAAGCUGGAAUUUUCAUUCAGGCUUAGGACUUAAGGCUCCUACAAGGGUCAUUUAGUCCAUCCUUCUGAGUCCCUGCAAACCUAACACCCUCCAUCUUCAAAAUCAGUCUUCUGGUCUGCUUUUAAAGAUCUCUGGGCAAGAAGGGGUCUUCCCCCCACCCCCUUUUUUUUUUUUGCUUGUAUUACUAAAGUGAAGAAUAGUUAUUUUUAUUUUUAUUAUUAUUACUAUUAUUAUUUAGAAUCAGCUCUGAAGCAAUUUUAAGAAAAGUUAGGACAUAGGAAUUGUCAGAAAGGUUUUAGGUUUAUUAAAUAAAAGUAGCUGUAGACUUUUUCAGGUGGUUAGUUAAUAAAUCAUUUUCAGAAGUGCUUAUGAAAUUCUAUGGGAGAAUAACUUUUCCUCUGGGAUUUUGAUUUUCUUAAUCUUUGAUAAGCAGUUUCCGAUUAUUUAAAAUUUAUGUUCUUUGAUGUAAAAUAUUUCUACAUCUAGAGAUACAUAUAUGCACUUCCCAAAGUAAAUUCUGUAUCUUACCUUUUUGUUUGUUUGAUAUCAUCUCAGUAAGUAGCCUUACCUGACAGCUCCCCCCACCUCCCUCUGUCUACCAGGCUGGUGUUGAAUUCCUAGACAACAGCCUGCCUCAGCCUCCUCUGUGCUGGGAUUAAAGGUGUGCACCACACCUAGCACUUGUACACUUUUUAGGAUGGGAAGGCUCUUGGCACUUAAUAUCCUUCCCAGAUAGAAUAAGCUAUUUACAUAUUCUAGAUUCUUCCAUCUAAAUGAAAACUCCUCCUUUUCAGAUCUUCCCACUAUCCGUGGUAACUGAGGGAAUUCCUUAGUCUCUUCCUGCUUCUUUCUGAGUCUCAUCUAAACUAUUCCUGACACUAUGAAUGCUAUCUGGAUGCCUCUUAAGUCUGUUCUCAGGGGAGGCAGUAAGGGGCCGUGGAGCUGGCCUCAGCACUGGGAGAGGCUGGACUUCCUGUCUCUCUGUGCUGAAUGGCUGCGAUGGCGCCCGCUCUCACUGACGCAGCAGCUGAAGCACACCACAUCCGGUUCAAACUGGCUCCCCCAUCCUCCACCUUGUCCCCUGGCAGUGCCGAAAAUAACGGCAACGCCAAUAUCCUUAUUUCUGCCAACGGAACCAAAAGAAAAGCCAUUGCUGCAGAGGAUUCCGGUCUAGACUUCCGAAAUAAUCCUACCAAGGAAGACUUGGGAAAGCUGCAACCAUUGGUGGCAUCUUAUCUCUGCUCUGAUGUAACAUCUGUUCCUGCAAAGGAGUCUUUGAAAUUACAAGGGGUUUUCAGCAAGCAGACAGUCCUUAAAUCUCAUCCUCUUUUAUCUCAGUCCUAUGAACUCCGAGCUGAGCUGUUGGGGAGACAGCCAGUUUUGGAGUUUUCCUUAGAAAACCUUAGAACCAUGAAUACAAGUGGUCAGACAGCUCUGCCACAAGCGCCUGUAAAUGGGUUGGCUAAGAAAUUGACUAAAAGUUCAACACAUUCGGAUCAUGACAAUUCCAGUUCCCUCAAUGGGGGAAAACGGUCUCUCACUUCAUCUGCUCUGCAGGGAGGUGAAGUGGGGGCAUCCGACUCUGGGAACUUGAAGGGGGGUAUGACCAAUUGCACUCUUCCACAUAGAAGCCUUGAUAUAGAACACACAACUCUUUACAGCAAUAAUAGUACUGCAAACAAAUCUUCUGUUAAUUCCAUGGAACAGCCGGCACUUCAAGGAAGCAGUAGGUUAUCACCUAGUAUAGACUCCAGCUCUAACUUGACAAAUGUUAAGUUAGAGGUCAAAAAGUCUCCUCCGUCUUCCAUUCUUUUUAGUGCUUUAGACUCUGACACAAGGAUAACAGCUUUGCUAAGGCGGCAGGCUGAUAUUGAGAUCCGUGCCCGCAGGUUACAGAAGCGAUUACAGGUUGUGCAAGCCAAGCAGGUGGAGAGGCAUUUACAGCACCAACUGGGUGGGUUUUUGGAAAAGACAUUGAGUAAACUGCCAAACUUGGAAUCCUUGAGGUCCCGGAGCCAGUUGAUGUUGACCCGAAAGGCUGAAGCUGCCUUGAGAAAAGCUGCCAGUGAAACUACCACUUCAGAGGGACUUAGCAACUUCCUGAAAAGUGAUUCAAUUUCAGAAGAAUUGGAGAGAUUUACAGCUAGUGGCAUAGCCAAUCUGAGGUGCAGUGAACAAGCAUUUGAUUCAGAUGUCACGGACAGUAGUUCAGGAGGGGAGUCUGAUAUUGAAGAGGAAGAGCUGAUUCGAGCUGAUCCUGAGCAAUGCCAUGUACCCCUGAAACGGAGAUCUGAAUGGAGAUGGGCUGCAGACCGAGCAGCUAUUGUCAGUCGCUGGAACUGGCUUCAGGCCCAUGUUUCUGACUUGGAAUAUCGCAUUCGUCAGCAAACAGAUAUUUAUAAACAGAUACGUGCUAAUAAGCUUGAGUCUGUUUCUCAGCCUUCAGAAAACCAUGGUAUUUCUGUUAGUCAUAAUUCGGAGUCCUUGUCUACCAAAUCAUGUGGAGCACUGAGACCUGUCAAUGGGGUUGUUAACAGUCUUCAGCCUGUCCUGGCGGACCAUGUUCCAGGUGACAGCUCUGAUGCUGAGGAACAAUUACAUAAAAAGCAACGGCUGAAUUUAGUUUCUUCAUCAUCUGACAGCACCUGUGUGGCAGCCCGAACAAGGCCUGUAGUGAGCUGUAAGAAGCGGAGGCUUGUUAGGCCCAGCAGCAUUGUUCCUCUUUCUAAGAAGGUUAACCGGAAUAGCACCACCCGCUCUGGCUGUGAUGUCAAUCCCUCUUGUGCUCUGUGUGGUUCAGGCAGCGUAAACACCAUGCCUCCUGAAAUUCACUAUGAAGCCCCUCUGUUGGAACGUCUUUCUCAGCUGGAUUCUUGUGUUCACCCUGUUCUAGCAUUUCCAGAUGAUGUUCCCACAAGCCUGCACUUCCAGAGCAUGUUGAAGUCUCAGUGGCAAAACAAGCCUUUUGACAAGAUCAAACCUACCAAAAAGUUUUCACUUAAGCACAGAGCACCCAUGCCAUGCAGUCUGUCAGAUCCAGUUCGUAAAGACAGGCAUAAGUUGGUCAACUCCUUCCUUACAACAGCCAAGCUGUCCCAUCACCAAACCCGGCCUGACAGGACCCACAGGCAGCACUUAGACGAUGUGGGGACUGUGCCUAUGGUGGAGCGAGUGACAGCUCCAAAAGCAGAGCGCUUGCUCAAUCUGCCGACACAAGUACAUGACCCAAACCACAGCAAAAUGAGAUUGCGAGACCAUUCAUCUGAGAGAAGUGAAGUGUUGAAGCAUCACACAGACAUGAGCAGUUCGAGCUACUUGACAGCUACCCACCAUCCAUCACACAGCCCCCUGGUGAGACAACUCUCCACCUCAUCAGACACCUCCACACCUACCAGCUCUGGCUCACAGGUUGCAGCCAGCACGUCUCAGCCAGUGAGGAGGAGAAGGGGAGAGAGCUCAUUCGAUAUCAAUAACAUUGUUAUCCCUAUGUCUGUUGCUGCAACAACUCGUGUUGAGAAACUACAAUACAAAGAAAUCCUUACUCCAAGCUGGCGAGAGGUUGAUCUUCAGUCUCUGAAGGGGAGUCCUGAUGAAGAGAAUGAGGAGAUUGAGGACCUUUCUGAUGCAGCAUUUGCUGCCCUCCAUGCCAAAUGUGAGGAGAUGGAGAGGGCAAGGUGGCUGUGGACGACAAGUGUGCCACCCCAGCGUCGGGGCAGCAGGUCUUACAGGUCAUCAGACGGCCGGACCACCCCACAGUUGGGCAGUGCCAACCCUUCCACCCCACAGCCUGCCUCUCCUGAUGUCAGUAGUAGCCACUCUCUGUCAGAGUUCUCCCAUGGUCAGUCUCCUAGAAGUCCCAUUAGCCCAGAACUGCUCUCAGCCCCUCUCACCCCUGUAGCUCGGGACAGUCUGCGACACUUGGCCAAUGAAGACACCCGUUGCUCCACACCAGAGCUGGGGCUAGAUGAACAGUCUGUCCAACCAUGGGAGCGGCGGACCUUCCCCCUGGCUUACAGUCCCCAGACAGAAUGUGAGGAGCAGUUGGAUGCACAGGACAUGGCAGCACGCUGUACUCGCCGCACCUCAGGCAGCAAGACUGGUCGGGAGACAGAGGUGGCACCUACCUCACCUCCUGUUGUCUCCCUUAAGAGUCGGCAUCUGACAGCAGCAGUCGCAGCUCAGCGCCCAACUCACAGAUGAGCAGGAAAUGAGACUCUAUAUAGACUCUCUACUAUUGGCAUUAAAGCUUCAGAAAUCUCUGCGUUUGAUAUUCAAACAUCAUAUGCUGGAAUUUUCACAGUUUUUAGUGAAUUUAAGGAAUUUAGAUCCUCCUUUGGUUGGUUUGGUUUUGUUGUUUCUGUUUUCUUGUUUUGUUUUCAUGUCACACCUGAGCACUUCCUCCAGUUGGCAGACAAGUUCAGGAAAAAACCCUGCUGGCCUGGUCCUGCAUAUCCUCUGCACUGUUGGAUCACUGGACUUGCCAAUGUUAGAUGAUCACCCUCUCCCUUGCACCUGUGGGGUAGGGUGGACCAGCCAGGUGGCAGUGGGUGGAAAGCUCCAAGUCAGCACCAAGUUAGGAUGGGAUAGAACACAAGCAAUCUGGGCUCUUACCCUUCCCUCCAGUCUGUGGCUUGACUUGACUUAGCUCUAGCUGGGCACCCCUCCUUGGUCUUCUUGUGCUGGCGCACCCUUCCAGCCAGCUUCUUUGCUCUGUUGGCCAGCUCUUCUCACUGAGCUCUGAGCCAGCAGUACAGCUAGCUUCUCCUUGUCACCUGGACCUUGAAGACCUAUUUUCAGUUUCAUCUGCAUUCGGUCAUCUGUCUUGGCUCCUUGGCUGCAGUGCUCUGCUGCAGCUGCUCAGGUCACCCUGUUCCACCCUUCUCCAUCUCUCUCCUGUUCAUGCACACGGACAAGUUAGUCCUUCCACUCAGAACAUCUAUGAAGAUAGGGUUUGUACUGCUUAACCCAUUCCCACACCCCUAAAAGUUAGGAAGUCUGGAGUACAUAGCAUCACUUCUGUAUCAUGUUUUCACUCGGUAGUAGUCACGUGCCCUGUUUCUUUCACAUCCCUGUCAGUCACUUAGACUCCCUCAUCUCUGCUCCCCUUGCCUGUGGAACACUGUCUGGUCCUAGCUGUGGUUUCCAUUGUUCCCCACCAACCUCCUGUUAGCCUUGUGCCUGUCUUAUGUAUAAUCACAUCACCAAAAAAAGGGGAGGGGGAAAGGAAUUUUCUUUUUCUGCCAUUUUAUAAUUAUACAAAAAUAGUAGGCAGACUGCUUAAUGGUUGGGGUUUUUUCACAAUUUUCAACAUUAGUGAUUUUUUUUUGUUUGCAAGUUAAAAGGUUUGUCAUUGUUUCUUUAAACAACAAUAAUGCACCAUAUCCCUAUGCAUAAAGUGCUUCUUCUAUUUAUAAGGUUGAAAAUUCUGAAUAACCCUUUUAGCAUUGUAAAAAAAAAAACAAAAAAGACAAAAAUUUAAAAAAACUUGUAUUUUGUAAAUAUUUUCUUUUCCUGCUUUGAGCUGUGUAAUGGCAGCGAACAUGUAGCUGUCUUUGUUCUAUAGAAAUGCUUUUCUUCAGAGAAGCUGAUCUUUGUUAAUGUCUUGAUUCUGUUCGCAAAGCACAGACUAGUGCUUAAAAAAAAAGGAAGGAAAAUGAAAAAAAUAAUAAAAAAAAAGAUACAGAAA